AUGGCUGGUAUAAUAAAAUUACGUAACUUGCCCAUAAUUCAACGGUGCGUAUGGAAUCAUUUUGCUAAAACUAGUCGCACUAUUUCCACCUCUAAGAAAAAUAGCGACACUGCAACCACUGUUUCCGAAAGCAAAACAGAAGAUAAGAAUUGGGUAAGCUACGGCUUUGAUUACAAUAGCCAAGAAGAUGACACAAAUGCCCACCAUGCAUCAUACUUCUUUUCAAUUACAUUGUGUGUUGUGUUUGGAGGUUUUGCCUGGGCUUACGCUCCUGAUGUGCAUAUGAGAGACUGGGCACAACGUGAAGCUUAUUUAGAGUUGCAUCGACGUGAAAAAGCGGGCUUAAAACCUAUUGAUCCCAACUAUGUGAAUCCUAAGACCGUGACACUACCAUCAGAAAAUGAUUUAUGUGAUGUUGAAAUUAUUAUUUAA